AUAACGUAUUCGUUAAACAGUUUUCUGUUCUGUCAUUCGAAUUAAAAAAAAAAUACAGAUUUUAAUUGCCAACAUGAUUCAGAUAGCUGACAUUAUUUAACAAUGAUAUUCCCUAUCACUGACCAGACGACCACUUUUUGGGUGCCGUUCAGGGUGUAUAGAAAAUUGCCAAUAAUAAAAUAAUAAAACGUCGUACUUACGUUGAUUGGCACAUGGUUCAAUAUACGCGGUGAGAUAUACUACUACUGAGAAAUCGAAUGACUGCAGGUCAUGAUAAUUUUUGCUCCAGAUUUCAUAUCUAUUUCAAGUUUUCCUCGGUUGAUUGGUCUAUCUAUUACCUUACUUGCCACUUAUCGGAUUGAUAAACGACUACGAUUGAUUAGGACACCAGCAAACAUAGGCUCGUGCCAGGCAGUCAGUCGCGUUCGAAAAACCAAUUAAAGAACACGAAAAUGGGUGAAGAAGCUCCAGCAGAAGCUCAACAUGUUCAGAAAGACUUGUAUCAUGCCGGUGACGACGUCAGUUCGAAACAUUUAGUACCGGACAAGGUAGCAUCAGAACCAACAGCUUCUUCCAAACCAGAGGACAAGACAGCUUAUCCGUCUGCAACAGUCGAACUCAAAGCAAAUGUUGCUCCGGCAUACAUUCACGAAGCAAUGGCUAAAAUGGCUCCGGAACUAGGCUUCACCCCCGGUCAAUUUCAAGUAUCGUUUGAGGUUGGUUCUAGUAAAGGUGAUGGUUUUGUAGCGGAAAUGUUUCGUGCUCGUAUCACCGAGGGUAACCGAAGUAUGGUAGUUCUCUGCAAGAUUCCACCGACCAAUGCAGCUAGACGUAAGCAGUUUAAUUCAAUGAUAGUAUUCGAUCGGGAAGUAUUUGCUUACUCUAGUUUCCUUCCUGCGAUAUACGAGUUUCAACGAGAGAAAGGAAUCACUGAAGAACAAGGUGUUGGAUUUUUCAACACACCUCACUGUUACUUGGCCUACUGUGAUGCAACUAAGGAAGAAUCUGUCAUCGUGAUGGAUGACUUACGACUGAAGGACUAUCGAAUGUGGAACAAAAUGGUACCGGUUAACUACGAGCAUACCAAACUAUUGAUGGUUCAGCUGGGAAGAUUACAUGCUCUGUCGUUUGCACUAAAAGACCAGCGCCCGGAUGUAUUUGAGAAGUUUAAAGUACCGGAUCCUAUGACAGAGGCCUUUCAGAAGAAUCCUCCAUUUAUUGAUAUGAUGUGUAUGACACUUGAUCGAGCAUUGACAACGUUAGAACCGAACGAAGAAAUAGCUCGCCAAAAGUUAUUGAAACUAAAAAGUACCAUGUUCAAUGACAUGGUAAACUUAACCGAUGCGAAUCCAGUGGAACGGUAUGCCGUCGUUGGUCAUGGUGAUUGUUGGAGUAAUAACAUGAUGUUUUCAUACGAGAAAGGAGUUCCCACCGAGGUGAUUUUAUUGGACUGGCAGAUAUGUCGCUACGUAUCACCGACCCUGGAUAUAUUGUAUUUUUUGUUCUGUUGCACCGAUGGUGAAUUCCGGGCGGCGCACUACGACGAAAUGAUCCGCAUCUACUACGCAUCACUCCGAACGCUGCUGGAGAAACUCGGUGGCGAUUCGACAAGACAAUUCCCAUACACUGCCCUCCUGAGGCAACUGAAGCAGUACGGCAAGUUCGGUGUGAUAAUGGCAUUGUUUUUGGUGCCGAUGAUGUGCAUUGAAAACACCGAUUUGCCCGAUUUGGAUGCUGAGGCAGAAAAGUUCGAGCAGACUCAACAAAUCAAUAAUGAAAUGUUCGCUGUGACCGAGAAAAGUGAGGUGAAAUACCGAAAACGAAUGUCGGCAGUCAUCAGAGAUGCGAUUAGGUUCGGUUAUCUGUAGGAAACAUAUAUUUUAUGUAGGAACACGUGUAUGAGCCUUAUCUCGUCAUUUUUUUUGUAAUUUUCGAACAUCUUGAUUUGAUGAUAAGGAACGGUUUAUAAAAUGAGUAGGCACUUGAGAUGGUCUAGUAGGCAAUUUUGAAAUCUGGAACCCGACCCGUGCCCAAUUGAAAAUAAAACAUCUUUACCCGACCCGAA